ACUGGCUCUGAGCUCAGCACCGCUUCCCUGGGUCGCUGGAGCAGAUCUGCAGGCAGCGAGAGGGUAGGUGUAUCUGUUUGGGUGUAUGUGCGCAUGUCUGUGUGUGUGUGUGUUACACAGCUGGGCAAAAUCAGGCGGUGCCGCCUUGCCAGCACAGCUUCCUCGGCGCUCCUUUCCCCGUGGGGUUGCUGUUGUCCCGCUCUCUCAUCUGUGUGAGGCGGUGGUGGCUGAGCACGAGGGGAUUCACUUGUCCUUGCGGCACCAGCUGGGGACGCAGAGCCAGGAGCUGUGUCAGAGCAAACCUCACCUCGCAGCACCGCUGUUUCUCAGGAUGGCAGGGGCUGUGACUACAAAUUCUGCUCCUGAAGGCUCACCCUGCUGAGCCGUGGUGGGAGCUUGAGUCAGCACCGGCACAGCCAGUUCUGCCGGAUCGGACCGUGUCUCAUCGGGGCAGGUAAGUCUGAGCAGAGCACUGCUGCACCGAAUCCCCUCGGAGCAGAGCUGCCGAUUGCAUCCCCACAGAGCCAGGCACAAGCAGGGCAGCUGCCCAAAGCACCUGAGACCAUGGAUGGGUGCUUUCCCUGGGGAAAAGGCACUGUGCAGCCUGGAGGGACCAGCUGAGCCCCCCGCCAGCCGUGCCACCGCUCCUGCUGGCUGCAGCCUCCCUGGCUGCUUGGAAUGCGAGGACGCUGCGCUCAGCAUCCCUUCGCGCUGCAGCCUCGAGCUGGCAAGGCCCAUUGAGUGGGUUCAGCGGCUGCCGAGGACGUGGUGAGGGCUUCUCACCUGAGGACAGCAUCGCUGGUCAGGGCAGACACCCCAAGGCAGCCCUGGGGCACACCAGUGCCAGACUGGGGGAGCCACUGGGCACGUGGAUGUGGGAUCAGCUUCAUUCUGCCUUUCCAAAGCCCCUCCUCGCGGGCUCUCCCAGCCCCAGCUCCUCAUUUCACACAUUUCAUGGCAGUUCGGGGAGGGGAGUUGGUUUGUUCUAAUAAAAAGCCUUAGAAUGUCAAGGCUGGGAGGAGGAAGAGUGCCCUCUCCCCAGCACUUCUGUUCCCUCGGUUAUGAUGGGUGUUAGAGCUGUGCCGUUACAGCCCAGUGACUCUUGACUGCUACGAGGGAGGAGAUCACCCUCUGCCCCUUGUGCCCCCCUGAAUUAGGUGCCUGCUCCAAGCAGAUGCCCUGCAGGUGGGUUUAGGGCCAGGCAGGAUUGCCCAGAAGGGAGAGCACCUCCCUGGGGUCCUGCUUUGCAGCCCUCCCACCACAAUUCACCUGGUAAUGCCCAGGUAGGUCUGUGAAGGGUGCUGGGUCAUAGAAUGGGUUGGGUUGGAAGGGACCUCAAAGCCCACCCAGUCCCACCCCUGCCCUGGGCAGGGACACCUCCCACUGGAUCAGGGGCUCCAAGCCCCAUCCAACCUGGCCUGGAACCCCUCCAGGGAUGCGGCAGCCACCACUGCUCUGGGCAGCCUGGGCCAGGGCCUCCCCACCCUCACAGCAAAACAUUUCUGCCUAAGAUCUCAUCUCAAUCUCCCCUCUUUCAGCUGAAAACCGUUCACCCUCAUCCUGUCCACCUGCACCCCCUGAUCCAGAGCCCCUCCCCAGCUUUCCUGGAGCCCCUUUCAGUGCUGGAAGCUGCUCUAAGGUCUCCCUGGAGCCUUCUCUUCUCCAGCCUGAACAAUCCCAACUCUCUUGGCCUGCCCUGGUGCGGAAGGUUCUCCAGCCCUCGGAUCAUCUCCGUGGCCUCCUCUGGACUUGCUCCAACAGCUCCAUAUCCCGCCUGCGCUGAGGGCUCCAGAACUGAACACGGGGCUGCAGGCAGAGGAUGUCGCAGGCCAUGCGAUACCCGAGCUGCCUGCCCUGGGGCAGCUGGACACCGCUGUGCCGAUCCCCACCAGGGAGCAGAGGGACCCGGAGCGUGUACCUGUGCGCCGCCCCAGUGCCAGGUGCUCCAGGCAGCUCCUUCCUCAGGAAGAUCCUUUGCACCAGCAGCAUCUCCCUCCCCAGGGGCUGUGUCCACUACCAAGGAGGGUCCCAGGACCAUUCUGGCCACGCCAGCUCCUCUCACCACAGGCCAUCCCGGCUGAGGAAUGUGGCUCCUUCUGAUGCCAUCAAGAAACACCAGAAGAGCCUGUCUGCAUGGUUCAGCCACCAGCCCAACGAAGAGAGGCAGUUCGGCCCUUCCUUCUCACUGGAUGCAGUCCAUGUGGACCCAGUGAUCCGGGAGAGCUCCCUGGAGGAGAUCCUGAAGCCCUCCCCUGACUUAACCAUCCAGAACCAGCUCCAGCAGCCCUGCAGCCAGGUUAUCACCGUCCAGAACCUUUUUGAUGUGGAUGCCUGUGGGCGGCAGGUGAAGAACGUGGUGCUGUAUGGCACUGUGGGCACAGGGAAGAGCACCCUCAUCAAGAAGAUGGUGGUGGACUGGUGCCACGGUCGCCUACCCCGCUUUGAGCUGGUCAUCCCCUUCUCCUGCGAGGACUUGUCCCAUAGUCACGCCCCGAUCUCACUGCGGCGCCUCAUAACCAAGAAGUACCAGCACCUCCGGGAUGUGGUGCCAAUGCUGGACACCUCCAACCUCAAGGUGCUUUUCAUCCUCAAUGGCCUGGAGCGCCUCAACUUGGACUUCAGGCUGGCUGGCACGGAGCUCUGCUGUGACCCCAAUGAGCCUGUGCCUCACUCUGCCAUCGUGGUCAACCUGCUGCGAAAAUAUCUCCUGCCAGAGGCCAGCAUCAUCGUCACCACGCGCCCAUCGGCGGUGCGCCGGAUCCCUGGCAAAUAUGUGGGCCGCUAUGCCGAGAUCUGUGGCUUCUCCGACACCAACCUGCAGAAGCUGUACUUCCAGAUGCGUCUCAGCCAGCCUGGCUGCACCGGAGAGGACAACAUGGGUAACAGCUCAGGUGAGCAGGAGAACUUGGUGGAGAUGUUGUCGAGGAACUUGGAGCGCCACAACCAAAUAGCUGCUGCUUGCUUCUUGCCCUCUUACUGCUGGCUGGUGUGCACCACGCUGCACUUCCUCUACUUCACCAGGACGGUUCCUCCCAGCCAGACCCUGACUGGCAUCUACACCAGCUUCCUGAGGCUCAACUUCAGUGGGGAGGUCCUGGACAGCACAGACCCCACCAACAUCUCCAUGAUGAAGUAUGUGGCCAAGACAGUGGGGAAGCUGGCCUAUGAAGGGGUGAUGUCCCGCAAGACCUGCUUCUCAGAGGAUGACCUGCAGCGGUGCUUUGAGGUGGAGAUGAAGACUGAAAGUGAGCUCAACCUCCUGGAGGUCUUCCGAAGUGACGUCUUCCGCUUCUUCCUCACUCCCUGUGUGCAGCCAGGCAAAGGGCACACCUUUGUCUUCACCAUCCCUGCUAUGCAGGAGUACCUGGCGGCCCUGUAUGUGGUGCUGGGCGAGAAGAAAACCCUGGCACAGAGAGUGGGAAAGGAGCUGUCGGAGGUCAUUGGGAAGGUGAGCGAAGAGGUCACUGUGGUUCUGAGUAUCAUCUCCAAGGUGCUGCCCUUGCGCUUCCUGCCAGUGCUCUUCAACCUGCUCAAAAUCUUCCCUCGCUACUUCUCCCGGCUGAGCGGGAAGGAGCGGGAUGCUAUUGCCCACACCAUGGCAGAAGAACUGUUCAAAGAGGAGGACUACUACAACGAUGAUGUCUUGGACCAAAUCAAUUCCAGCAUCCUAGGUGUGGAGGGCCCCAUGCGCCACCCUGAUGAGGCCUCUGAUGAUGAGGUCUUUGAGCUCUUCCCCAUCUUCAUGGGUGGGUUACUGUCCCGCCGGAACCGUGCCAUCCUGCAGCAGCUGGGCUGCUCCAUCCAGAACAUGGCAGCCUUUGAGAUUGCCAAAGCCAUGAAGAAGACGGUCAUCAGGAACAGCCGCAAGGGGCUGCCCCCCUCCGAGCUGAUGGACUACCUCUUCUUCCUGCAUGAGUUCCAGAACGAGCGCUUCACAGUGGAGGCCAUCCGCUCCCUUCGGACCGUCAACCUCUCAUCCGUCAAGAUGACUCCUCUCAAGUGCUCUGUCCUGGCGUCUGUCAUGGGCACCACAUGCCAUGAGGUGGAGGAGCUGAACCUGACCUCCUGCAACCUUGAUGCCAGCAGUCUGAGGAUUCUCUUCCCCGUCCUGCUGCGAUGCAAAGCUCUCCAUCUGCAGCUCAACAGCCUGGGCUCUGAUGCCUGCAAGGAAAUCCGUGACCUGCUCCUGCAUGACAAGUGUGUGGUGAGCAACCUGCGGUUGGCGAAUAACCCCGUGGGUGAGCAGGGGGCACAAUACCUGGCCGAGGGGCUGGCAGGCAACCGCUCGCUGACCUAUUUGUCCCUGCUGCACACCACGCUGGGCGACCGGGGCGCAGAAGUCAUUGCUCAGCACCUGGCUAAGAACCAGCACCUCCAGGAGCUCAACCUGGGCUACAACUCGUUGACGGACGCAGCCGCCCUGCAAGUAGUGGAGGUGGCUAAAAAUCACGCGACGCUGGACAAAGUGCAUCUGUACUUCAACGACAUCAGCGAGGAAGGCAAACGGGCGCUUCACAGCCUGCGCAUGGACCGCGACGGCGUCAGAGCACUGGUCUUCCUCACAGCAGGCACCGACGUCUCCGACUACUGGUCCAACAUCCUGAACGUGGUGCAGAAGAACCUGCCUUUCUGGGACCGCGAGCGGGUUCAGCAGCACCUUGCCCUCCUCCUGCAGGACCUGGAGAGCAGCAGGAGACAGACUGCCAAUCCCUGGAGGAAAGCAAAGUUCCUACGAGUUGAGAGCGAGGUCAAGAAGAUGCUGGGGAAGCUGCAGCAUGGGAGCCUCUAA